AUGAAGGCCAUACAGCGGUCUCUACGAGACAAUGUCACAAAUUCGAGGCCGAUUAUACGCAGUAGUCUAACGUCACGUCGAACGAGUCUGUUACCACGCCGAACGUACACACGACCCGCUUUCGCACCAAAGCCCACAAUCGAUAUCAAGCACAUUCGCCAGAACCCCGGGCUGUAUGAGCAAAACUGCAUAGACCGCAACUAUGCUGCACACAGCAAGUCGUCAUGGCGAAUCAUAGAGCUGCACGAGCAAUGGCUCGCGCUCCAGCAAAGCAGUCGAGACCUACGAGAACGCAACAACCGCAUCCGAGCCAGUCUGGCAAGGACAGCAUCACGCGCCAAAGAUGCUGACGGGAAACCGGUCGCCUUGAGAGAAGGCAUGAUUGGAGAAGCAAAGGCAUUGAAGGCCGAGUUGAGCUCUAUCGAAGCACAAGAAUCGCAGAUUCAGGAACAGAUAGAAGGUCUGGCGCAAGACCUGCCCAACUUGAGCAGCACAUAUACACCAGUCGGCACCGAAGCUGACGUACUCGGCUACAUCAACUCACAUCCCAAGAACGAGUUUUCAAAACCCCAAAGUCGUAAGUCGCACGUUGACAUCGGGCAAGAACUGGGAAUACUCGACUUCUCGGGCUCGGCGCAGACUUCGGGAUGGGGCUGGUACUUUCUAGUUGGAGACGGCGCAAUGCUGGAACAGGCACUUGUACAGUACGCCCUCGGUGUCGCCAGAAGGAAAGGAUGGAAAGCAGUCGCACCACCUUCCUUGGUGUACUCGCACAUUGCAUCCGCCUGCGGAUUCCAGCCACGGGAUCAGAAUGGAGAGCAGCAAAUAUACGCCAUCGAGCAGUCUGACAAGGACAAGGCAAAACCGCAACUAGCUCUUGCAGGCACUGCGGAGAUACCACUGGCUGGCAUGAAGGCCAACCAGACUUUGGAAGAAGCAGAGCUGCCACUGAAAACGGUUGGUGUGAGCAGAUGCUACCGUGCUGAAGCGGGCGCAAGAGGAGCCGACACAAAAGGCUUGUAUCGUGUUCAUGAGUUCACAAAGGUCGAGAUGUUUGCUUGGACACUGCCCGAUAAUACGGGAGAAGACCACUUUACCACUCCGACGGCCCCGAGCUCAGAAGCAAUCUUUGACGAAAUGCUAUCAAUUCAAAAGGAGAUAUUGGAAGCACUUGGGCUGCACUGCCGUAUCUUGGAAAUGCCCACAACAGACCUCGGAGCCAGCGCGACAAGAAAAAUCGACAUCGAAGCCUUCUUCCCAUCUCGAGAGAAGGAUGAAGGAUGGGGCGAGCUGACGUCGUCCUCCAUGUGCACCGACUACCAAAGUCGGCGACUACAAACUCGCAUGCGUGUGAAGGGAGGCAAGCUAGAGUUCCCCUACACACUCAACGGAACUGCACUUGCUGUUCCCAGAGUACUCGCGGCUAUACUGGAGAAUCACUGGAACGAGCAAGACGGCACGGUAACAAUACCAGAGGUACUGCGACCCUUUAUGGGGGGGCAGGAAAAGAUACAGGCAUAG